AAAAUGAAAUUUAGAUAUUUCUGUUGAUAAUUAUCAGAGCAUUAAUGGUGACAUUUAUACUCAUCUACUGGCUUAGCUAACCUAUGACGUUGUUUAUGUGACGUCACGGUGACUGUUCCCAGGCUCCUCCAACAGAGGGCGACUCAACCAACACAUUCACUUUGAAGAGGACAUUAAUAAAAGAAAGAAAUAAAAACAGAUCAGUCAUUAAUGAACAUGUUAAAACGGUCUGUAAUACCUCGAAGAGUAAACAACACUGUGUUUUCAAGGGCCCCGGCAGUGUGCGCUGCUGGUGAUGACGUACAUACUAUGUGUUAGUAUACUGAGACGCUUUAAUACACUUUAUGACAACAAGGAGGAAAAACAUCAGUUCUGUAUCGUGGCAACUAAAACACUUCGGUCUCCAUCACAGCUGCAGGGACGCAGGGCUGUUGACGCAUUCGCUGGUGCGCACAUACAUACACGCACACGCAAACACACGCACACACACACACACACACACACACACACGCGUGCUGGAUCUGGGAGCUGUAGCUGGGCCGACACACCGUCACCGACAGAACCAGCAGAGGGUUGUUUUUUUUUUUCUCCAGAGGAACCGCACCGCUGCUCGGCUCGCUCGCUGACCGCAGACCAGGCAUGGACGACAAGUCAUUCACCAAGGAGCUGGACGGAUGGAUCGAGCAGCUGAACGACUGCAAGCAGCUCUCGGAGAACCAGGUCAAAGUCCUGUGUGAGAAGGCCAAGGAGAUCCUGACCAAGGAGUCCAACGUGCAGGAGGUGAGAUGUCCGGUGACGGUCUGUGGAGAUGUCCACGGCCAGUUCCAUGACCUGAUGGAGUUGUUCAAGAUCGGAGGAAAGUCUCCAGACACCAACUACCUUUUCAUGGGAGACUAUGUUGACAGAGGCUACUACUCUGUGGAGACUGUUUCACUCCUGGUUUCUCUGAAGGUACGGUUUCGUGAGAGAAUCACAAUUCUCAGAGGGAACCACGAGAGCAGACAGAUCACACAGGUGUACGGCUUCUACGACGAGUGCUUGAGGAAAUAUGGAAACGCAAAUGUUUGGAAGUACUUCACAGAUCUGUUUGACUAUCUGCCCCUCACUGCACUAGUAGAUAACCAGAUUUUCUGCCUCCAUGGAGGAUUGUCCCCUUCGAUAGACACACUGGAACACAUCAGAGCACUGGAUCGCUUACAGGAAGUCCCUCAUGAGGGUCCCAUGUGUGACUUGCUAUGGUCAGACCCAGAUGAUCGUGGCGGUUGGGGCAUCUCACCCCGUGGGGCCGGUUACACCUUCGGGCAGGACAUUUCCGAGACCUUCAACCACGCUAACGGACUCACUUUGGUCUCACGAGCCCACCAGCUCGUGAUGGAGGGCUAUAACUGGUGCCACGACCGCAAUGUAGUGACCAUCUUCAGUGCACCAAACUAUUGUUAUCGAUGUGGAAACCAGGCAGCAAUCAUGGAACUUGAUGACACAUUGAAAUACUCAUUCCUCCAGUUCGACCCUGCACCACGCAGAGGAGAACCCCACGUGACGCGGCGUACCCCUGACUAUUUCCUGUAAAGGUCGAUGGCGAGGAUAGCAACAGGCUACACAAAGGCUUGAGACAAGAAGCUUUCAUUAUCCCACAGACCCCCCCCCCCCCCAAAAAAAACAAAGUGUGCCAUAAUCACAAUGAAACAAAACUAUCACCGUAACUAAUGACCACCGUCCUUUCCACUUUUCCCUCUCUGUGCAUGAUGUUUUUAUUGCUAGAAAAUGAUUGCUACUCUGAACAUUACCGUAACAUAACCUGCUGGUUUGUCAGGAAGACUGAAUGAACUACUGCUGAGACUCGCGUGUAAGUAAUCUUUGUGUUAGAGUGUAAAUGAUGAGCAGAGUGUGUUGCCACGUCAUGGUUCCGACACUGCGUCUUUCACGUGGCAUGGCCUCUAAUCAAAGGUUGCAGUAAAUAUAAUGUGAACUGUUUUCUUUUUGUAACAGGAGCGUGGCAAUUUAUUUUGUGUAGUGACAUGAUAGGGUUGGAUGUCAUGAAUGAAAAUGUCCUCUUUGCA